GUUGCUCCGUGGUUCGACAAGUCAACGGAAGUUAGUAAAGUUACCAUUGUGGAAGGGCAAGACGUUUCUCUUGCGUGCGCGGCCCAGGGAUUUCCACUUCAUGUUGAAUGGAAGCUUCAGAAGGAUAGCGAGGACUUCGUACGGUCCUGCAUAAGUGAGAUCAUAUGUUUUAUAAAAUUAGAGAAAUUUAUGUAGUUGUACGUUAAUCUGGGUAAAGCUUUAUUAGCUGCCAAGCAAUGAAAAUCGACACCAACGGGGGCAAACAAUGAUUCAAAUAAGUGGUGAAGAGCUGGACUCUUAUAGGUGUUUUUAUUGAGCACAUAACGAUCUUUCUUGUUAAAGCACGUGCACAAUGCCUAGAGAACUAUUUGUUUUAAGAAAAAUGGGAAAUGAACAUUCCACAACCAAAUUAACCGAUUGCUUUCAGCAUUUUGAAAAUUUCAUGUGGGCUUCACAAUGUUGUGUGUUAAAAUUGUGGGAGUGUCCUUUUUGUGUACCACAAAUUGAGCUUUCACUUUGUUUUUUUUUUUCCUCUAAGAUGGCUCAGAUGGAAAAUACCAUGUUCAUCGCAGCGGAAUUUACGAUCCUUAUGUGCUGACUGUAUCUGAUGUGCGGUAUGCUGAUCUCGGAUCUUACUACUGUUGCCUUCCGUCUAACUGUUCGGGCAAUAUCCAAGAUAACUGCCAACACUUUGUUCUCCGA